UUAAAUUCAAAAUGGAGGAUAAAGCAAUAGAUUUUGAAUUAAACAACGAAAAUGAAAAUAUAACGACAUCGGACUCUAAGUAUACAGCAUAUAUUGAUAAAUUCAACUCGAUAUGUUCAGGAAAAGCUGGAGUUUUUAUAACCUCACUUUUAUUGGCCGCUUUAAUAUGGACAGCGACUUUAACGAUCACAAAAAGUGAGAAUUUACCAGGAGGAAAUUUAUUUGGUUUAUUUGUUGUUUUUGUGUGCUCGUUGUUGCUAGGUGCUUUGCUUUCUCGUUUGCCUUUCCUACAACUUCCAAACCUUUUGGGCAUGCUGUUAGCCGGGCUUCUCCUUACAAAUAUUCAAGCGAUCAACGUUGUACAAAAUAUACAACAAAGUUGGUCCGUUUCGUUGCGAAAUAUUGCUUUAGUCGUUAUAUUAUUACGCUCUGGAUUAGAACUCGAUCCAGUUGCUUUAAAGAAACUUAAAAGAACUGUUAUCACUCUCGCGUUCGGGCCUUGUAUUAUCGAAGCUUUAACCGUUGCUGUUGCUGCUAAUUUGUUGCUGGAAUUGCCAUGGCUGUGGGGGUUGCAAUUAGGGUGCGUAUGCAUACAUUUUAAUGUCUGCUUGUAGACGUGCAUAAAUUUUAAUAUGUUAUGACAAGUUUGCUGACAUUGGUCAAUUUUUUUAACCAAAGUAUUGCAUGUGGUUAAUUUGUGGUUUGUUGCCAUAGUGACAUAACCACACAGACCAAUAAGUAUACAGUUGCACAACUUAACUAAAACUAGAGGGCACUCAGAGACUGCAAACCUCCGCCCGCAUUGAAUUUCGGUCUGGUGAAAUGCAACUAAGACAAUAGAUAAUGAAGGCUGAAGCUUAAUGAGGUUUAUCAUCUCAUUGUCUUCUUAGUACUGCGUGCAUACAUUAUACACAUCCUAAUUACGCAUUCAGCGAGUUUUUUUUAAUUGACCGGGAAAAGCAAGACAAAAGUUUGUUAAUUUCUCGUUCAAUUUGUAACCAAAUUGAACCAAAUUUUAACCAGUUCUUCCUUAGCCGAUGGGAAAUGCAUUCAAGAAAUUUCGUAAGAAAAUGCUUGGUAUUUCUUGAGUUAUCAUGCUCACAGACAAACACACACAUACAUACACACACACAUACAAACCCAGAUGAUUACAUAACCUCCUGGCGGAGGUAAUAAGUGUACUGGAUAGCUGAUUCAGUUUUAAAUGUUCUUCAAUUAAUAAUUCAUGAGCUUAUUGGCAAACCAUAUCAACCAUAAUAUGUCAUAUGCAGUGGCUUUAAACCUGAUAAAACACUCCUAAUUAGUAUUCUUUAUAUAAAGAAUACUAAUAAGGCAGUAUAUCUAUCAAAUUUGUAGUCUUGUUUGAAGCCGUUUAAUAAACGCUCAGGUCGUGUUUUAUUAGGUCUAAAGCCACUUGCGCUUCCUAGAGGUCCAGUAAGAGCAGUUUAUGUGUGUGUUAUUGGUCCAGUGUUGUUACUACUGGGGGCAACUUAAACUACACUGUAUGUUCCCCUACAGAUCUAGUAAGAGCCAUCCCUUAUUGAUCCAGUUUCACUUUAGAAACUAACUUUAUUUACACUGGAUAGCUCUAUCGGGUUCAUUCAUCCCUUAUUGUUCCAGUGUUUCUGCAGGAAGAAACAAGAAUAUCCAGAGAAAUUUUGCAAUGGUUGGUGGAAUCAAUCAGGAAGCACUCUUCUCACAUGUAAUGAAAGUGAAAUCAAUGAUCAGACAACUCCAUAUCACACUUAUCAAUCUCUUGUUUUAUAGUUGAAAAAAAUACGUAUUUAUCACUGUGCCAGAACAGCACAUUGCAUAUUAAUAUGUUAAGAGGGGAACAUUGGUAGGUUAACCCAUUCUUUACUCAUUAGAUUUGUCCUUGGUGCAGUUUCUCCAGCGAUUGUUGUUCCUCAAUUACUAAAACUUCAAGAUCAAGGUUUUGGUGUUAACGAAGGCAUACCCACCCUCGUUAUGGCGGCAUCCUCAUGUGAUGAUGUUCUAGCUAUAAGUCUUUUUACGGUCUUUCUUGGUGUUGCAUUUUCCACAGGUAUAAACACUGCAGCUUAUUGACUGUCGCCAACCUAAGGUGGGUGCCAAUUUCCUAUAUCAUAUUGCUGUGGCCCAAUUCCUCAGAAAUUCCCAUAGUCCUAUCAAUAAUGAUGCACCUUGCCUCAGUCAAUGGUUGCUCCCUUCUCCACUCAGAACUCCCUGCAGAUAAAGUGAACGUCUUGGGAAAGUUGGCCUGACCCUGAGCUUUCUUUAGCCCCCUCCAACUGGCUUUGCUCUAUAUUUAAUCAUAAAGACUAAGGUAAUACUUUUAGGUGAUCUAAUUUUCAACAUCUUCCGAGGACCACUAGAAAUACUUCUUGGCAUUACUAUUGGUUGUUUGUCAGGUUUUAUUUUGAGCUUUAUUCCAAGUAACCAUGAGGUGAGAUUCAGGAAAUUGAGAUUAGAAAAUCUUCAUUAUAAGCUUGCAUCAAGAGUGUUUUCAUUGUGAACACGCGCGUUGACGGGCUGUUCAUGUUUUGGUAUUAUUGACUGACAAUUAGGUACUAGUCAUAUAUAAUAUAACAAUUGUGCUAAUAUAUAAUAUAGCAAUUGUACAAUUGGACGCCAGUAGUUAAUAUGCAUAGAUUGUGUAAAAUUGUAUCUCAGUUAUGUGACGUGUAAUUUGUUGUUCUGCUAGUGUUAGAUCACUUAGAUGUAUUUAUGUUUAUAUUUAUAUAUAUUGUAGUUAGUUUCAUGUGCACGACCACAACAGCUAUGCUGUAAAUUUACCAUCGUGUUCAAAUAAAUGCUUUUAUUAUUAUUAUUGCUGUCUGCACUACAUAAUCUUACAGAAAACACGUCUGAAACGCGUUCUUGGUUUCAUUUCCUUUCAAUUACAUUUCCUAGCAUUUACAAUGCUUUUCAAUAAUUUGCGUUCCAGGCGCGCGUGAAACAAAAUUGGAGGACACUGACGCAGUGUUAUUGCUGAGCAGUACUGUACAAAGAUGGCCAGCCGCCUUCGUCUUCAUCAAUUGAAUUCUUCUUCUAGACUCAAUAUUUACAUGAGAAGAGAUUCGUUAUGCUACUAUCUUUGGGAAUCAUGUUGUUAUUUGGAAGUACCUGGAUCAAGUUGUCUGGAGCUGGGGCGUUGGCUGUAUUAACGACAGCAUUUGUAGCUGCACAUGGCUGGACCGACAAGGGGAAGGUA